AUACAGUACUGAAGUAUUUUAAAGUAUAAACCUGUUUAUAUAACUGGUUUUAUUCCUUGUUACAGUGAUCAUGAAUCACAGUACAGGUGUGCCAGGAAGGUAUCAACAGUGAUAUGUGUCCAUGAUGUACAGUGUCUUGAACCUGAUUGUAAUAACCACGGGUCAUGUGACAUGGGGGCGUGUUCAUGUGAGUCUCCAUGGACUGGAGAUACUUGUGGAUCUGUUAACUGUUCACUGACUGAUUGUAAUGGACACGGAAUAUGUAUGGAGGGUUCAUGUACAUGUGAUCCUGGUUGGAUCGGAGAACUGUGUCAAAAACCUUGUCCUAGAAACCGGUAUGGAUCUGAUUGUAGGUCAUAUUGUUACUGCUAUGGACGUGGUCACUGUCACCCAGUGUAUGGUAACUGUACCUGUGAUACUGGAUACACUGGAGCUCACUGCUGGACUAAAUGUAAGAAAGGUUAUUAUGGAGUUAACUGUGCUCAGAAGUGUGUGUAUCCUGAUUGUUCUGGUAAUGGACAUUGUUCUAUAGUCAAUGGAUCAUGUUUUUGUAACAAGGGUUGGACUGGUACAUCUUGUAAUAUAAUAUUACGCCAUCAUCAUCAUCAUCAUUAACUGAUACUUCUGAUGUUAGUACUGCAGUAUCAGUGAUGAACUCAAUCUCCUCAUUACUGUCUCCUACUAAUGAUGUAUCAGUACAGGAUAUUGAAUAAUGAUAAUAAAUCUAUUGAAUUGAUAGUUGUAAUGGAACUAAUAAUAGUAGUUCAUCUCCUCCAGUUAAUUACAGUGCUAAUGAUGAUGAUAAUCAAUUAAUUAUUAUUAUUAUAUUAAUUGGUUUAAGUACUGUCACUAUACAUGUUAU